CAGCGACAACCGACUUUUUUCAAGCAUGAGGAGGAGAAGCAGUAGCAACGCCAGCAGGAGAAGUUCAACGAUUAGAAGACGCAGUGAGAACUUGCGUUUCGAUGAAUUCGGCUUUGCUCUUACUAAACGAAAGGACCAAAAACUUCAUCACCGAUGUCACGAUUACAGCUACCCCCAGCUGAGCUCAGUGAGGGUGAAAGAACUGUGUGAGCUGCUGAGCUACUGGAAUGGAGCCAGCUUUAUCUGCAAAAGCCAGAUUGAGCGAUUUAUCAGGAUGGGUAUUCCUCCAAGCCUUCGAGGUAGAGUGUGGAAGUGUCUUCUCACCAUUGACAGUCUGAGAGAAACGAGCGACUUCAACUACCAGAAGUGCUUGUCAGAGGUGCGGGGGCCCCUGGUGGACUUGGGAGUCAGUGAGUACGGAAUCCUAUCAGCGAUCUCCACACUGAGCGACACCCAAAAUGACCUGGGUUUGAACCAACAGCAGCCCCCCAACUGCCCUGCACCCAGAUACUCUGUAGAUGACAUCACGCUGUUCAGACAGAUCGCCCUGGACCUACAACGUUCCUUCCCGACCCACCGCUCUCUGAUGGGGGAGAGCCCAGAAGCCAUCGAGGGUCAGGCUAAACUCUUCAGGGUCCUCAUCGCCUAUGCAAAAUAUUGCCCACAAGUUGGAUACAGUCAAGGGAUGUCCUACAUAGCUGCGGUCUUGUUGAUGCAGUUGGCAGAGGAGGAGUCAUUUUGGGCUCUGACUGCCUUGUUGGAUAAACCAAAGUAUCUGGCUGAACUGUUUGACCUCAGCCUCACCAAGGUACAGCAUCAGGUGAAGGUGUUUGACCAGUUUCUGAAACACAGGAAGCCGAAGCUCUCGCAGCACAUGGAGUCAGUAGGAGUCUUAUCAGUCCACUUUGUGAUGCCAUGGUUCCUCACUCUCUUCUCUUCCCUGCCCUGCUGGGACUCUGUCCUAGCUGUCUGGGAUCUCAUCAUUCUGCACGGCCUGUCAGCUGUUUUCCGCACUGCUCUGACUAUCAUUGAGCUCCUGGAGCCUCGACUGAUGGACCUGAAUGAUGAGGGAGCAGUGUUACCCCUGCUGUUGAGAGUACCUGUUGAUGUGGCCCAGUACACCGUGUUGGUCCCUGCCCUGUGGAAUACUGAGGUCCAAGACUGGGAGCUUAAAUGUAUGAACAGUCUGGUGUUGGACGAGGGCCACCAUAGACCAAAAGCAGUCCAGUGUGAAAAGCAGAAGGCCACAAUUCCAACCCAAGUCAGUGGAGGGAAAGAAUCAGAGGGAGCAUCGACACUUUCAGAGGGAGAAAAGCUGACUGAGAAAGACUCAGUUACCAGGGCAAAAGGUGUGCUGACCCGAGUGAUGCGUUUGGCCCAGCGGUACCUGUUGGACCCAAUGGGUAGACAGAGGGCUGAAGAGAAGGGUUCUCAAAUACAGACAGUGCCCAGACAGCGUAGCCCUGCACCGGGGCGAGUGUUCAGGAGUCGGACCUCAGCUUCACUAACACAAGCUCAGAUCAGGUCCAGGAGGCGAAGCCAGCAGAGAGGCGGCGCACAGCAGCCAGUAGCGCAGGGGAGCAGUGGUGACGUCACCAUGGCCCCUGUCACUGUGACAGAUACAACUGGUUACAUGAAAACUGACAGAUCAGAACAAACCUUCAAGAGGAUAGGUACAGGACCUGUUGGCAAGCUGGCCCAACGUCGUAGCAACCGCAGCCUCGUCCAGCCUAUCAGAGUCAAGUCCCUCCGUCUUCUACGAAAUGGCAAGAACCCACCGAGCCAGACCCCCACAUCCUCCUCUAUCCUCCCUUCAUCCCUCUGUUCCUCUACCCGUCCUCCAUCUACCUUCAUCCUGUCUUCAAGUCCUCCAUCAUCCAGCGCUCUUCAAAGCGAGGAUCAGCGAAAGCAGCAAGACACAACCAGGACAGCUUUCAUCAAGGAGUUGUCCUCCAGACAUCAGACCAGCGUCCCACUCAGCAACACCAGAGAGUCCAAGCUGAUCUGACAAUGAAGAAGGGAGAGGACCUUGAAGGAACAAAAUGCUCUACAUGUUUACAUUAAAUAUGAAACCACAAUUGUCAGUUGCGUAAAUCAGGUGAUCUUGUUUGGUCUGGGUCCCAGAUGAGUAUUUGACUCACACAAAGAACUUGGAAACCAGAUUUCUGGUGUGUUAAAUCUAGUGAACAGAGAGUGUCUUUAUACUACUCAUGUUUUGAAUAUAUCAUAUGACUGUGUGCAUGCAUGCACGUGUGCAUGUAGCCCAGAUCUGUUUUGAUACACCUUUGCUGCAUGGGUGCUGUUUAUUUUUCUA